AUGAAGUUAGUUGUAGUAUGUUUGCUAGUUGUACUAGCCGUGGCUCAUGCCCGGCCUACUUACCGAGACGAAGAUAGGGAAGGUGGUGAAGGGGACCGUCCGCCACCAAGACAGGAAGGUGGUGAAGGGGACCGGCCACCACCAAGACAGGAAGGUGAUGAAGGAGACCGUCCGCCACCAAGACAGGAAGGUAAUGAAGGGGACCGUCCGCCACCAAGACAGGAAGGUGGUGAAGGGGACCGUCCGCCACCAAGACAGGAAGGCGGCGAAGGAGACCGUCCACCACCAAGACAGGAAGGUGGAGAAGGGGACCGUCCGCCACCAAGACAGGAAGGCGGUGAAGGGGACCGUCCGCCACCAAGACAGGAAGGUAAUGAAGGGGACCGUCCGCCACCAAGACAGGAAGGUGGUGAAGGGGACCGUCCGCCACCAAGACAGGAAGGCGGCGAAGGAGACCGCCCACCACCAAGACAGGAAGAACAAGAAGGUACACAACAAAGAAAUCGACGCCAAGCUGCAGAUUCAAAUGAACCCCCAAGACAGGAAGGUGGUGAAGGGGACCGUCCACCACCAAGACAGGAGGGUGGUGAAGGGGACCGUCCGCCACCAAGACAGGAAGGUGGUGAAGGGGACCGUCCGCCACCAAGACAGGAAGGCGGCGAAGGAGACCGUCCACCACCAAGACAGGAAGGUGGAGAAGGGGACCGUCCGCCACCAAGACAGGAAGGUGGUGAAGGGGACCGUCCGCCACCAAGACAGGAAGGUAAUGAAGGGGACCGUCCACCACCAAGACAGGAAGGUGGUGAAGGGGACCGUCCGCCACCAAGACAGGAAGGCGGCGAAGGAGACCGUCCACCACCAAGACAGGAAGGUGGAGAAGGGGACCGUCCGCCACCAAGACAGGAAGGUGGUGAAGGGGACCGUCCGCCACCAAGACAGGAAGGCGGCGAAGGAGACCGCCCACCACCAAGACAGGAAGAACAAGAAGGUACACAACAAAGAAAUCGACGCCAAGCUGCAGAUUCAAAUGAACCCCCAAGACAGGAAGGUGGUGAAGGGGACCGUCCACCACCAAGACAGGAGGGUGGUGAAGGGGACCGUCCGCCACCAAGACAGGAAGGUGGUGAAGGGGACCGUCCGCCACCAAGACAGGAAGGCGGCGAAGGAGACCGUCCACCACCAAGACAGGAAGGUGGAGAAGGGGACCGUCCGCCACCAAGACAGGAAGGCGGUGAAGGGGACCGUCCGCCACCAAGACAGGAAGGUAAUGAAGGGGACCGUCCGCCACCAAGACAGGAAGGUGGUGAAGGGGACCGUCCGCCACCAAGACAGGAAGGCGGCGAAGGAGACCGCCCACCACCAAGACAGGAAGAACAAGAAGGUACACAACAAAGAAAUCGACGCCAAGCUGCAGAUUCAAAUGAACCCCCAAGACAGGAAGGUGGUGAAGGGGACCGUCCACCACCAAGACAGGAGGGUGGUGAAGGGGACCGUCCGCCACCAAGACAGGAAGGUGGUGAAGGGGACCGUCCGCCACCAAGACAGGAAGGCGGCGAAGGAGACCGUCCACCACCAAGAAAAUAACUCGCACAGAACGGUGAUCGAAAUUUACUUUAUUGUGAUAUUAUAUAAUAAGUAAAUAGAUUUUGAACACAAACAA